AUGGGCCGUUUAUUGGGCCUCGGGUUGAGGCAAGAUCGGGCCACGAUGGCCAUGGCCCAAACCUCCUCCAAAAGGUCCUCGUCGAUCAUCAGGGUCGGGUCCACGAUGUUGGUCACAGAGUCCUUGUCGUAUAUGCUGACGUGGCGAAGGGUGGAGUCGAGCCAUUCCUUGGUGGCGGUGGGGUCCGCAGUCGGGGAGCUUAUCCCGAUAUUUCCUGUGACGAGCUCGAGGAGGAUUUUUCCGAAGCAGUGGACAUCGUACGAGCAAGUUGCGUUCGGGUUGUUGCCUGGAUGUUUCGAAAAAAAAAUAUAUAUGUUUGUUGUGUUAUUUGGAAGUAAAGAGAGAGUGGAUAUCGACAUGGUUCGGGACAAAAUGUCGGGGAUAAAUCUAAAGCCAGGCCCCUCAGCAGCCCCAAUCGCAAUCUUCAUCCUCGUGAUCCAAUCCAACGACUGCAGAUUCCCGUCUGGGCCCACCUUCCGAAACAGACAGCUCGACAAAUCCCCAUUUGGCAUAUACCUGUACACCAAAAACUUCUCUUCUUCCUUCUCCAAACAAUGCCCCAACAAAGGCACAAAUCUCGAAGAAUGCGAGACCUUACUGAAAAAAUCCAACUCCUUCUUAACAAACGAGCUCGAGUCGAACUUCUUCACCACCACAGGGACCCCACCUUCGAGCACCCCACGGUACAAAUCCCCCGAGCGACCUUUUUUCAAUAAGGUCGACUCAUUUAAUUCUCCAGUUGCUUCUAGAAUCUUCUCGUACGAGAAUGAAUCCAGCGAGGCAGCUUCGGUCCCUUGGAGAGGUGGUGGUGGUGGUGUGGGCCCCACCAUGCUGACGUGGCUGCCACCGCCGCCCCUCGGGCUCGUGUGGGCCCGCCUCUUUCUCUUGCACACGAUGAUAAUGAGUAAAGCGAGCCCGAUUAUAAUAAGCCCAAUGCCUCCGAAUAUGGAAGCUAAUAAUAUAAUGACCAAUCUUCUUCGGCUUCUUCUGCUCGGACGAGAAGAAGGUGGAGAAUGA